AUGACCUUCCAAGCGAAGCCAAGCCCCAGCCGCACACAAACCACCCGAACUCCCGACAACUUCUUCCCCAUCCACCAGCUCGCCAUCGCGACACCCUUCAAGAUGCCGAGCCACAAGUCCUUCCGCACCAAGCAAAAGAUUGCCAAAGCCCAGCGCCAGAACCGGCCCAUCCCCCAGUGGAUUCGCCUGCGCACCGGCAACACCAUCAGAUACAACGCUAAGCGGCGACACUGGCGCAAGACCCGCCUGAACAUCUAA